GGAACACACAGAGGAAAUUGUCCAAAUAUAUAGUUUUUACGACUUGGGGACAUUUUAUUGGCCCUCAAAAGUUAAACACAGUUACCUUGUGGUCCAAUAACAGGUUCUAUGGACACAUCAGGGCAAAGGGCACAAUAAUGUAGAUUUUACGUGUAGGGAGGGACACAAGCUGACUCUUAUACUGUAGCAAACCUAUAUGAAAAUGUACAUACAUCAUUGGCUUUAUUUGUCAGCAAGCAGAACAGAUGUUUCUGCUUGACUGGUUGGUUGUCACCAAAUGUGAUGAAACAGCACCCUCCUCCUCCAGCUGAAGCUAUUUUUGUACCUACAAUUCAGUCGUAUCUCCUAAACUCAUCAAAUGUAGGUAAACACAAAGUUAUUGUUUUAAACAUACCAGCUGUAUUUUAGAGGAACCAGUUUGAAUCUUAGAACAAAAGAGUGAUAAAAUGUUGGAAAAGUCAGAACUUUUUUCCACCUGCUCUUACUUCCCUGCACGACUUUAAAAGGCCGACGUGAAGGUUAAGAUUUGGUUUUAGCGUGACCAUCAGAAUUAAGCUGGGGUUUGUCAAAAUAAUGUGGACAGUGGAGUUUUGGACCGAAAGGCAUGAUAAAGAGGGCAUGAAUCUUUUUUAGACCAUAAACAAAGUUCAAAAAACAAAGGAAAUCCAAAAACCGCAGAUCGCACAGUUGGAAACCUAACAGCUGAGCAUGAUGGAUACAUGCUGUGCCCCAUACUGAAGGGAAGACAGGACUAUUUAUACACAGAGGGCUCCUUGGAAAGAUUACUGCAGGCAUGUAAACAACAAUGAAACCAAUCAGAAAACAUGCAAUAAUAUAUCAGAUGAAAACAACAAUUAAAAAAAAUAAAGUCUUAAGCCAACCCAGGCAUCAUCACAAGGGUUAAGUGAGCAGCACAUUGUUGUUGUGGUUAAACUGAGAUUGGAGGCUUGGCUUUAAUUGCUAUUGGAGAAAAACCUUUAGCCAAAACAUGAGAACCGCUCAUCCAAAUGACUUCAAAUUUGGUGGUGCACGUAUUCAUCUUUCCAACAAUACACCAGCAUAUUUUAAAAUGUGAAGGUCAGGUGAAUUGUUGUGGAAGCAGGUAAAAAUAAAAAAAACGCAGAUAAAUUAUUAGUCAGAAGCAUUUCAGCUUUCAGACCUGAAGGUAGCAGCCUACAGUAGAUGACAUGUUUUUAAAUCCAGUCUGCAUUUUGCUCCAAAAGUUUACAAGCAUGAAUCAAAUUGGAUGAAGUGUAUUUAAUAAAGCUUUCCCCUCACCGAUGACAGAAAAACAAUCUUAGUCUCCGUCAAUUGAUCUAAAAUUAAGUGCUUAAUUGUGAUAAAUCGGCUGAGGAUGACUUUGUCUGUUUCAGCGUCGGACAGCUCCUUCAGUGCUUCAUCGGUUUCAGCGCCGGACAGCUCCUUUACUGCUCCACCAAACACUGCUCCGAGAUUGACAGAAGAAGCGGCCAUACGCGGAUCAAUGGCGCUCCUGGAGCCCCUGUGAGACGACGAAGACGACGGGCUUUGAAGGCGCACGGAUCCUGAUGUUGCUUCUUCGUGGCUUUUAUGGGCCUGCUUAAUGCUUGCUGUGGUCGGAAGAGGGCGGAGUGCGUUUGCCAUCCAAGUGAGAAGCUCCUCGACUCGGUGCCUCGUAAAAAAAAGCAUAUAAAUAUAAUAAUAACCGCCCCUUACCCCUCCCUCCUCCUCGUUUUGAUUCAGUCUGUGUAGCCUACACGCAGAAGGAGAACGUCCGCGGCACAGCAAAGCCAACACAGUCUUGUCUACAGUGUGUGAAAGAGAGGGAGAGAGAGAGGUGGGGGGAAACAGCUGCAAGCGGAUACUCAACAUCAACAAGCUGUAUGAGGCAUCUGUGAGGAAGAAGAAGGCAUUUGACGAGGGAAGGGGUUCCUGGCGGUUUUCCCUCUUUUUGUGAUUUCAAGAACAGAGGCGUGGAGCUCAGAAGAAUAUGCUACAAGUGGUGAAGCGAUGGUUUAGCGGGGCAAUUUGAUAGGUUCUCUGUUUUUUUUUUCUACAGCACACCCGCCCGACGACACUGUUAAUUCCGAGCAGCAAUCCCCCAAACAUCUGUGGUCGCUCUCUGGAGGGAGAUGGCUGUUUUCCGGCUGUCGCUGCUGCUGCAAGUUGGAUUUGUGAUCGGAUCAAACCAUAAAUACGCGGAAUGGUCAGGGCACGGGGAAGAUAUCGGGGCACGGGAGGCGAUUCACGGCGCUCAGACGCACCGCUGGCAGCUGGCGCAUCUCCGUGCGCCUCAUCACGCUGCCGGGGAGACGGCGGAGCUGCCGCAGAAGACAGACGAGCUUCUCCCCAGGGUCGUCACGGCUUUCUUACACACCGGGGACUCGACCACCUUAAAGCAUGCCAACUGCUCGCGAAAGUACGAGCUCACCUCUCUGCGGGGAAGGUCACACGCUACCCCGCAUUACUCCAUGAGCAGCGUGCUGGAUACGGUGCUGCACGCCACAAACUUCCUCAACAUGAUCUUGCAAGCCAACAGGUCCAGGGAGCACAACCUCCGGCGAGACAUUGAGUGGUACCACGCGUUAGUCAGGAGUAUACUGGAGGGAGACGCCAAGAUUCACCGGGCGGUUGUUACUUUUAGCGGGGAUUCAUCCUUCCCAGGGCCCUCGGUGCUUCUCCAAGCCACCAGGGCCGGCGGUGAAAUAGUACUCCAAGACCUCUCCAGCAUGGCCCACCGACAUCUGCACAACCGCACGGCAGAGACAGAGUGGUACCACGAAAUAAAAGACAGGAAGAACCCAAAUUUCCAUAAAAGAGUGCUGAGCCAAGAUUUCAGAUCGGUGGACAAUUCAGUGAAAAGAGGAGAGAGUUUUAUUCCGGACAAGACGCACGUCAGAUGGUCUGCACCCUACUUGGAGUGUGAGAAUGGGAAUUUUGUUCCCCGUUGGCUUUUGACCUUAUCUGCUGCCUUCUAUGGCCUGAAAUCCAACCUGGCUCCUGAAUUCAGGGGAGUGGUUCGAGUGGACAUUAAUCUACAGGAUGUUGAUAUCGACCAGUGCUCCACUGAUGGCUGGUUUGCUGGAACCCAUCGAUGCAACCUGACCACUAUGGAGUGUUUGCCAAUCCACGGUCAUGGAUUUGUCUUGGACAAGUACAAGUGCCACUGCAGGAAAGGUUUCUAUCAUCCCAACAGAGUAGCUGUCAAUGGCUUUACAAGAAUGGGGAGGAAGGGAAAAGCUGCAGACAGCAGUCCCAACACAGAGGAGGGAUCUUCCAGUGACUGCCUGCCUUGCCAGCAGGGCUGUGCCUACUGUAAAGAUGACACCCCCUGUGUGGUACAUGAGGAUGGCGCUCUCCGCAUGGCUGUGGUCUCUUUCCAGUGCCUCUGCAUGCUGAUCGUCUUCAUUAGCAUGGUCCUUAUAUACCACUUUCGUAGGAAUAAGAGUAUCAGAGCAUCAGGUCUUGUCCUGCUGGAGGCCAUCCUGUGUGGGGCUCUGCUUCUCUACUUUCCAGUUGGGAUUCUCUACUUCCAGCCCAGUGUUUUCCGCUGCAUCCUUCUGCGUUGGGUUCGACUGCUGGGUUUCGCUACCGUCUAUGGGACGCUGACUCUUAAGUUGUACAGGGUGCUGAAGGUGUUCCUGUCCCGUACAGCCCAGAGGAUCCCCUAUAUGACCAGCUGGCGAGUGCUACGUCUGCUGGGCAUCAUUCUGCUCAUCGUCUGCUGGUUCCUGGUGGCUUGGACAUCUGCCGUCUGUCAAAACCCGGACAGGAAGUUGGCUCUCAUCGAGGUGGGCUACACGCCCAAUGGGCUGCAGUUCAGCAUGUGCCUCCUGGAUCGCUGGGACUACAUGAUGGCUGUUGCCGAGUUCCUCUUCCUGCUGUGGGCGGUCUAUCUGUGUUACGCCGUGAGGACUGUGCCGUCGGCCUUCCACGAGCCUCGCUACAUGGCCAUCGCUGUUCACAAUGAGCUUGUGCUGUCAGCUAUAUUCUACAUCAUCAGGUUCACUCUUGCUCCUGAGCUGCAUCCAGACUGGAUGCUGCUCCUGUUCUUCACCCACACUCACCUAACUGUCACUGUCACCCUGGGUCUUCUACUCAUUCCUAAGUUCCUGUUUGCUGGCACCCACAUGAGAGACGAUAUCGCGUCUGAGGCCUAUGAGGACGAGUUGGACAUGGGUCGCUCUGGAUCGUACCUCAACAGCAGCAUAACGUCAGCAUGGAGUGAGCACAGCCUGGACCCUGAGGACAUCAGGACACCAGACGAAAUGGGCCAUCUCAAUUCUAUUAAUGGCUGUGGCAUAAGGUCUUGCGACAGCCUUUGGGAAAAACGUGCCAACGAAGAGCUGAAGAAACUGUACUCCCAGUUGGAGAUUUACAAAAGGAAGAAGAUGCUAGCGAACAACCCUCAUCUCCAGAAAAAGCGAAGCUCUAAGAAAGGGCUAGGUCGCUCGCUGAUGAGGCGCAUCACAGAGAUUCCCGAGUCCGUGCAUCGCCAGUGCAGCCGUGAAGAGAAGGAGGCGGGAGAGCACGGCAGCAAUCGUAACAGCAUCUCCAUGCUGAAGAAAACCCCAUUGGAUUCAACUCACCCAGCAAAACCAGUGAAGGAAGAGACACUGAAGAACAAGGUGUUCUCCCUGAAGAAAUCACACAGUAGCUAUGAUCACGUCCGGGACCAGAAUGAAGACUCCAACAGCACCGUAAAUGAUAAGAUUGAUGAGAACACAGCUGAAGGGUCCCUCUUGGACACACUUAUGGGCAAGAAGCUGGUCAAGAAGACAUCCAGUGAGAACAUAAAUGCCCCCAGUGAAUCUACAGAAUCAGUUCCCUUGGUAUGCAAGUCAGCCAGCGCCCAUAAUCUCUCUGCAGACAAGAAACCAAUUCAUCCCAGAGCCUCCAUGCUGCAGAAGUCCCUCAGUGUCAUUGCUAGUGCCAAAGAGAAGACUUUGGGCUUGACUGGAAAGACCCAGGGUACAGAGGAAAGCAAUAAGAAGAGUCAGCCAAAGAGCAAAGACACAAAGGCAAAUGUAGAGCCAGAAAAUGAAUGCCAGCCCAAGAUGAUUAUCAGCCAGUCAGUCGAGUACAAACAAAGCACCAUGAAAGGCAUAAUCAUGAAACAGCCAGUUAGUGGCAGCCAACCGACAAUCUGCUCCGACCCCAUUACGGGAAAAGACCUCUAUGAUCUCUCAGAAGUAUGCCCCUGGGAGGUGGAAGAUCUCCCAACUCCAUCUGAAAAUAAGGUUCAAAAGCAUGUAUCUAUUGCACCAAAGGAAACCACAACUGUUCAUGGAGGUAGCACUAAAGGAUCCAAGUCUCAGAAGCAGAAAGGUUCUGAUCAUUCUCCAUCCAGUGGCAGGCACCCAAAGGAGAUUCAGCGGUCAUCGGCUAUUCGGGCAGAGGUGUGCCCAUGGGAAGACGGAGGUGAGAGUCAAGCCAGUCAGCCAGGUGAAGCAUCGAAGCAAUCGGUGUCUCAGUCUAAAGCCCAGCAGCCUCCCUCUUCAGUUGAAAGCUCCAAAACACAUCGGGCAGAUGUUUGUCCUUGGGACUUCGAAGAGCUGAAAAAACCAACAGAGUCAGCUCACUCACAAGACGUGACAAAGCAGAAAAAGGGAACCUCUCCAACGGAUGUGAGAGAUCCACCUAAAGGAUCACUACAGCCACUAAUAUCAAAAGCCGACGUCUGUCCAUGGGAAUUCGACAGCAGUGCAGCUGCUCCAAAUUCAGAGAGGAUACCCAGCCCCUCACAACCACCCAAAACCAAGGAGUCCCCUUCUAAAAAGAAAGGGCCCCCUUCCACAAGAACAGUUGACCAAGAAAAAUCAAAAGACACUGAUGAUGAGAAAAGCAGAACAAAAGUGAAGGACAAGAGUAAAUCUUCAGAGAAACACGUCGGCCAACAAAAAAUGGCUGAGGUCUGCCCGUGGGAUGUAGAGAGUCACCAGGAAAUGCUGCUGGUAGAAAAAAGGAAAAGCGCUAAUGUUGGAGCAGCCAAAGAAAAGCAGGCGGAAGUCUGUCCGUGGGAUUUUGAGGAAAAAACGGGUACAGACAAAAGUGCUUCUUCAGUGAAACAGAGCAAACCAACUCCUAAAGGGGGGCCUGUAGGUGCUGCUAAAAAGGCAGAUGUUUGUCCCUGGGACUUUGAGGAUAGUACGUCGAGCAAGAAAGCAUGACACUCAACCUUAAUGGACCACUGAUAUAUUAUAAUUAUUGAUGUAUACUUUUUUUCCACUUUGAAAUCGUUAAAUAUCACCUUUUACUAUUAGUACGGUGACUUGGAAGCAAAGUUGAUCCACAAGUUGCCUUCCUUUCCAAGGUUUUGUUCCUGUUUUAUCUAUUUUGGAAAAAAGUGAAAUGUACAAAAAAAAAAAAGUCAUGAUGAGCAUUCCAGAUUAUUACAGGAAACUCCUGAAGAGAAAUUGUAGACUAAUUAUGCAACUUUUAAUUCAGUCUUUUCACUUCAUAAGCAAUGUUAAACAUCCAUGUUCACCAUGUCAGCUGUUCUUACUUUUUUUUUGCUAUGAUUAGUUCUUGGAUGAGACUGUAGAGACAAAUAUUGAUGUGUAUAAACGAGAAAGUAUAAAAUUAAGGUUGAAUUGCAUAACAGGGAAAGUGAAAGCCAAAGAACAAGUGAACAGUUGCAAAGAGGGAUGCAGGUCUCGAAGCUCUAAAGUUAAUUUAUUAGUUUUUGUCCUUGGCGUAGGAAAGAAAUCAGUCCAUAGCACUUUAGCCAACUUCACAAAUUAAGAACUGAGGACAGGUUAUGUCCAACUUGUACAUUUCGUCUUCUUAUUUUCAACCACAUGGCAUGAUAUCACACACAAUAUAACACACUGACCAAACUCAGACAUGUUUUUUUUGUUUGUUUCUUUGUUUAGAUCUAUUUAAUUGUAGUUCUCGGCAGAUUAAAAUGCUUCCAAGUCUGCGGAGAUGUACUGUAUGUGCCUAUCUAACUAGCAAUGUCUUGUAUCAGUCUGAAGGGAAGCGAGUGUCGUCUUCUUCAGCAUUUUGUGAUGGUGAAUUAUAUAAACAGCAUGCACAGCCAGGUAUCGGGAGUAGAUGGAGCCUACCGGUUUGUCAACUAAAGCAGUUAAUGUGUUGGCAAAUCUAUAAUGUUGUUUUCAGUUCACUUUUUUGAGACCCUCACGUCCCUGUUUUAUAGUUCCAAAAGCUAAAGGGUGAUAUUUGAGAGCAGCGUUAACAUGAAUGUGUCAGAUAUGUUCACAUAUGUCAAAAGUAGUGAAGGAAAAAUUAUUUGCACCAGCUUUGUGUAUGAAUCCAGCUUGGAUCUUUGUCUUGCACCAAAUGUAAGUGUGUGCCUGCGGAUGCAAUAUUUAAAGGACAAAUGAGAUGCAGAAAAAUUUGCAGAAGAUCUGUUCUUGCCUUUGUGUUUACCGUCCUACCGCCUCAACGUAAAAAAAAGUCAAGCAACUUCUAUUACACAAUAACAGAAUAAUUCUGGGUAAUUAAAACUUGGGUUAUGUUUUAUUGUUGUGGCCACUAAAAUUUGCCAGAUAGUCCCACAGGUUUUUAAGGAGACUUCUGGCUUAGCUAAAACUGUCUGGAAGUUAUUACUUAGUCUGGAUACCAUCCAUCAAAAUCAAACAAAUUAACAUGCUAUGCAUUUGUAGAUUAUAGGCUAAUGUAAUGGCCUAAAAGCAAAAGAUACCCUGUUUGAAAAUGAAGGAACACGAAUCGCUUUUGGGUCAUGUCAAAAAAGGACAGUUAGCAUAAAUAUCGAAAAUGUGGAGAUCCGUGCCGUAGCAACCCCUUGUGAAUAAAAGAGGAGCAGAAAGUAACUUUUAGUUAAAGAAAUGAGCUACCUGAAAUGCUGCUGUGCCUCUGGGACCUCGUUUUUCAUGGAUAUAGCUACUUUUUUCUGGAUCUUGCAGCGAUAAUUGACUUUGUUAGCUACAUUUGUGUGCUACACUGCACUUGAGCCCACUAUGUUUAAGUCAGUCAAUCCCUUGAGAAUACUGAAAAUGCCCAACUUUACAGUGUGCAAGUCAUCUGACAAAUAUUAUAGAUUAUGAUGCAUUUCAAUGUACUAAGAGUCUAUGCAAGAGAUCUGUACUCCAGUUGUAAUGAAGUAAAAUGCUGGUAUUUUUUUUGUUUACACUCACCUGACAUUUUAUAAGUACAUCAGCUCCACUGUUCAUUAGCGCAAAUCUCAACUCAGUCAGUCACAUGCUAACUCAGUCCAUUUAGGUAUGUAGACAUGGUCAAAAAGACCUGCUAAUAAUGAGGUUUAGAAUGGGGGAAAACUGUGAUUUAAGUGACUUUGAACGUAGCAUGAUUGCUGUUGUCAGAUGAGCUGGGUUGAAUAUUUCAGAAACAGCUGAUCUGCUGGGAUUUUCUCACAUUCCCACUCUAGUUUACAUAGAAUGGUCAAAAAAAAAGGAGAAAAAUAUCCAGUGAAUGGCAGUUCUCUGGGCAAAAAUGAGACUGCUUGAUCCACCUAAGACUGCUUGGAACUGAUUGGAAAGAAAGAAAAAUACUUCAAAUAACCACUUGUUACAAGCACGGUAUGCAGAAGAGCAUCUCUGAACCUUGAAGCAGAUGAACUACAGCAGGAGAAGCCUGUCCCGGGUGCUAUUUCUCCCAGCUAAGAACAAGAAACUGAGCCUAUUUCACAUUGACUCACCAGAAUUGGACAAUUGAAGACUGGAAAAAUAUUGCCUCUGGUCUGAUGAGCCUCAAUUGCUGCUCCAACAUUUGAAUGGUAGGGUUAGAAGUUGAUGUUAACAAAACAAAAGCAUGGUUCAAUUCUGUAUCAGUGGUUCAGGGUGAUGCUGGUGGUGGUGUAAUAGCUUGGGGGGAUGUAGGCCUCUUGGUACAAAUUCAUCCCCGUUUAAAUGCCACAGCCUACCCCAGUAUUGUUUCUGAUCCCUUUAUGACCACAGCGUACCCAUUUUCUGAUAGCUGCUCCCCGUUGGAUAACACAAACCUCAAAUUAUCUCAAAUGGUUUCUUGAACAUUACAUUAAGUUCACUGUACUCAAAUAGCCUCCACCAAAUCUUAAUCCAAUAGCGCACCUUCCAGUGGUGAGAUUCACAUUAUGGAUGCGCAGCUGACAAAUCUACAGCAACUGUGUGAUCAUGUCACUAUGCACCAAAGCCUCUGAGGAAUAUUUCCAGGACUUUGCUCGCUAGUACCAGGUUGGGCUCACUUUCCCCUUCAAAACAGCAAUAAUUCAACAAAGUGGCUGGUGAGUGUGCAUGCUAAGUCUAAUUGGUAGAUAAUCUACAUCAAGCUCACCAAGCCAGUUAAGAUAAAUUGACUGACUUAUACCUUCGUCCUCACUUCCACAUAUGGUUCUUUCUGGCUCCAAAAAAAAAGAAAAGAAAUCCCAACAGCAGCCAAAAUGCCAAACUCAACUCUUCAUCAGUGAUGUCACGUUGUUUUAUUUACUUAUAUAAUGUUUCAAAGUCUGUGGUCUAGUGCAGAUUAAGCAUACUUGUGUAUGGCAUGCAUCAAGUCUGAAAUCUGCAAUAUAGGAAACUCUGGACACAGACAGAGAUGAAUGAAGGUUCAUCAAGUACUAUCCUAUCUAAAUGAUAGAAACAGUGGUCAUAACUUCCAAAAUAAAAUCCAAGUUUUUAUUAACUGGAUAAUGGAACUGUCAUUGAAUGAUUUGAAAUACUGACAAUAGGGUGACCUUUUAUAUUUAAAGGUUAAGCACUACUGCAGUUUUUCUUUGCAUCUCCAUAUUAGGCGUCAUUUCAACUUAAAUACAAAUCAGACUGAAACCCCAUUUGUUUAUCAGCCUAAUAAGUUCAUAAUUAAACUUAGCAUGGUAGUUAUCAAAUAAUAAUCUGACUAAAUCUUUUAAAGGUUUUGAGAUGUUCCGUGUUUCGUAUCAAAAUGUCUAAAUAGUCACCAUAAACUAUCCAAGUGAAAAAAAUACCCCCAUUUAUAUUUGCAGUUGUGUAUCAGUAAAGCAUCCACAGUGCGUUAUGGUAUCUUGUGAGAAUUACUGAUUGUAAUUGUCUGUAUUCAUGUCAAUUUCCUCAGAACCCAUUAGGAGUUGGUAAUGAUUCAAGCCAGUGCGCAUUGGUGAGUUUUGUUGAAUUACUUUGGCACAACUCAAAUGAAAACAAUCCAGCAACUGAUAUCAUUUUCUGAGAAUUACCUCCACCUCCAGCCUGUGGGAGGUGUCAGAGAGCACUGAUUGAUUGCAAUCCUUUGAUGGAUCCUUGUGAUCUGUAUAAAUCAGAUGUUAAGCGUCAUCUAUCAUCUGAGUCAGGAUUUUAUUGCAUGAGUACAGCGACAUUUGAAAAGCCCCUUCCUUAUUUAAACCUAACUUUGGAGUCACUGCCGUUUUCACUGCCCUCGGGUGAAGAAUAACCUGCUGCCUCUUUUACUGUCACUGUAGGAAAGUUAUUUCAAAAUGGAAAGAUGUGUUUGUUUCAUGUUUGAAAGUGAAAUGGAGCGAAUAGAGGCUCCAUGAUUUUGGUAGAAUUUAAUCCAAAAAAAAAGAACCAAAAACAAGCAAUAUGUUAGCGUUUUUAACAACAGAAAGAAUUUUUAUGGUGUCAUUUAUGUUGAUUUUAAAACUAAACCCCAAAAAAUAACUGUGCAACAUCCCAGCACUAAAUGAAGUCACUGUUUUGCGUAACUUUGAGUCUACUUUUUUAAUUUACAAUAGCGUGCUUGCUGCAGGAAUUCUCAGUUCUGCCAGUCCAUAGCUGUAUGUGUAUUAAACAGUGUGAUACAUAACCAAGUGUUUGUUACUGUCCGUUUCUCUGGAAAUCAUCAAUGAGUCUGUGAGUAUUUGAACCUCAGCCAUUUACUCGGGUGUGAAAAUCCAAGACCAUUGUUCUUGUACCAUGCCGUGUCCCGUAGCUUCUUUGUCCUCCAAUUGGGUCGUCUCUACCAUGGUGCAUUUUUGUUGGUUAGCUGCUUUCUUUUAAACCUGACUUCUAUUCUCUUGUGACCAAACAAAGUCACACGAAGGCAAAUACAAGUACUACUAUCGCUACUACUACUACUACUCAACGCUGUAACGUCGUAAAUCUUGCUCUUGUGGCUUCUGCAUGAAUUCAAGAAAUUAGUAGGACCGAUGUUUCACUGCCCUUGAUAGAACAAAAAAAAA